UAAUUUUUAGAAAAAAACAAUUAUGUUGGAAUUUGCUAAACUUGAUGUGCUUCUAUGUUAAGAACUAAAGGUAAAUAGUAUUAUUAAUGAAUUUUUCGAAUUUUGAAAUAACUAUUUUCUGUUUUCUUGCUUUUAAACUUCUUUCCUGUCAUAGUCGACUGCAUUCGAACAACCUGUACUGUGAUUGCCACCUGGCUUGGCUCUCCGACUGGCUUCGCCAAAGGCCUCGGGUCGGCCUGUACACUCAGUGCAUGGGCCCGUCCCACCUGAGAGGCCAUAACGUAGCUGAGGUUCAAAAACGAGAAUUUGUAUGCAGUGGUCACCAGUCAUUUAUGGCUCCUUCUUGUAGCGUUUUGCACUGCCCUGCCGCUUGCACCUGUAGCAACAAUAUCGUAGACUGUCGUGGGAAAGGUCUCACUGAGAUCCCCACAAAUCUGCCAGAGACCAUCACAGAAAUACGUUUGGAACAGAACUCAAUCAAAGUCAUCCCUCCUGGAGCUUUCUCACCAUAUAAAAAGCUUAGAAGAAUCGACCUGAGCAAUAAUCAGAUUUCUGAACUUGCACCAGAUGCCUUCCAAGGACUGCGCUCUCUCAAUUCACUUGUUCUCUAUGGAAAUAAAAUUACAGAACUCCCAAAAAGUUUAUUUGAAGGACUGUUUUCUUUACAGCUACUAUUAUUGAAUGCCAACAAGAUAAACUGCCUUCGGGUAGAUGCUUUUCAGGAUCUCCACAACUUGAACCUUCUCUCCUUAUAUGACAACAAGCUUCAGACCAUCGCCAAGGGGACUUUCUCACCUCUUCGGGCCAUUCAAACUAUGCAUUUGGCCCAGAACCCCUUUAUUUGCGACUGCCAUCUCAAGUGGCUGGCGGAUUAUCUCCAUACCAACCCGAUUGAGACCAGCGGUGCCCGCUGCACCAGCCCCCGCCGUCUGGCAAACAAAAGAAUUGGACAGAUCAAAAGCAAGAAAUUCCGUUGUUCAGCUAAAGAACAGUAUUUCAUUCCAGGUACAGAAGAUUAUCGAUCAAAAUUAAGUGGGGACUGCUUUGCAGAUUUGGCUUGCCCUGAAAAGUGCCGCUGUGAAGGGACCACAGUGGAUUGCUCCAAUCAAAAACUCAACAAAAUCCCAGACCACAUUCCCCAGUACACUGCAGAGCUGCGUCUCAAUAAUAAUGAAUUUACAGUACUAGAAGCCACAGGAAUCUUUAAGAAACUUCCUCAGUUACGUAAAAUAAACUUUAGCAACAAUAAGAUCACAGAUAUUGAGGAGGGAGCAUUUGAAGGAGCAUCUGGUGUAAAUGAAAUACUUCUUACAAGUAAUCGUUUGGAGAAUGUUCGGCAUAAGAUGUUCAAGGGAUUGGAAAGCCUCAAAACUUUGAUGUUGAGAAGCAAUCAAAUAAGCUGUGUGGGGAAUGACAGUUUCAUAGGACUCAGUUCUGUACGUUUGCUUUCUUUAUAUGACAAUCAAAUUACUACAGUUGCACCAGGGGCAUUUGAUACUCUUCAUUCUUUGUCUACUCUAAACCUCUUGGCCAAUCCUUUUAACUGUAACUGCUACCUGGCUUGGUUGGGAGAGUGGCUCAGGAAGAAAAGAAUUGUAACGGGAAAUCCUCGAUGUCAAAAACCAUACUUCCUCAAAGAAAUUCCUAUCCAGGAUGUGGCCAUUCAGGACUUCACUUGUGAUGAUGGGAAUGAUGACAAUAGUUGCUCCCCACUCUCUCGCUGUCCUACGGAAUGUACUUGCUUGGAUACAGUCGUCCGAUGUAGCAACAAGGGCUUGAAGGUCUUGCCCAAAGGUAUUCCGAGAGAUGUCACAGAGUUGUAUCUAGAUGGAAACCAAUUUACACUGGUUCCAAAGGAACUCUCUAACUACAAACAUUUAACACUUAUAGACUUAAGUAACAACAGAAUAAGCACCCUUUCUAAUCAGAGCUUCAGCAACAUGACCCAGCUCCUCACCUUAAUUCUUAGUUACAACCGCCUGAGAUGUAUUCCUCCUCGAACCUUCGAUGGAUUGAAGUCUCUUCGAUUACUUUCACUACAUGGAAAUGACAUUUCUGUCGUGCCUGAAGGUGCUUUCAAUGAUCUUUCUGCAUUAUCCCACCUAGCGAUUGGAGCCAACCCUCUUUACUGUGAUUGUAACAUGCAGUGGUUAUCCGACUGGGUGAAGUCGGAGUAUAAGGAACCCGGAAUUGCCCGUUGUGCCGGCCCUGGAGAAAUGGCAGAUAAACUAUUACUCACAACUCCCUCCAAAAAAUUUACAUGUCAAGGUCCUGUGGAUAUCACUAUUCUAGCUAAAUGUAAUCCCUGCCUGUCAAAUCCAUGUAAAAAUGAUGGCACCUGUAAUAGUGAUCCAGUUGACUUUUAUCGAUGCACCUGCCCUUAUGGUUUUAAGGGACAGGAUUGUGAUAUACCAAUUCAUGCGUGCAUCAGUAACCCAUGUAAACAUGGAGGAACUUGCCACCUAAAAGAAGGAGAAAAAGAUGGAUUCUGGUGUAUUUGUGCUGAUGGCUUUGAAGGAGAAAAUUGUGAAGUCAAUGUUGAUGAUUGUGAAGACAAUGACUGUGAAAAUAAUUCUACUUGCGUCGAUGGAAUUAAUAACUACACAUGCCUUUGCCCACCUGAGUAUACAGGUGAGUUGUGUGAGGAGAAGCUGGACUUUUGUGCACAGGACCUGAACCCCUGCCAGCAUGACUCCAAGUGCAUCCUGACGCCAAAGGGAUUCAAAUGUGACUGCACGCCAGGAUACAUAGGCGAGCACUGCGACAUCGACUUUGACGACUGCCAAGACAACAAGUGUAGAAACGGAGCCCACUGCACCGACGCGGUGAACGGCUAUACCUGCAUCUGCCCUGAAGGGUACAGUGGCCUGUUCUGUGAGUUUUCUCCACCCAUGGUCCUCCCCCGUACCAGCCCCUGUGAUAAUUUUGAUUGUCAGAAUGGGGCUCAGUGCAUCAUCAGGAUAAACGAGCCAAUAUGUCAGUGUUUGCCUGGCUACCAGGGAGAGAAGUGUGAAAAAUUGGUCAGUGUGAAUUUUAUAAACAAAGAGUCUUAUCUUCAAAUUCCUUCAGCCAAGGUUCGGCCUCAGACAAACAUCACACUUCAGAUUGCCACAGGUGAAGACAGUGGAAUCCUCCUGUAUAAGGGCGACAGAGACCAUAUUGCAGUAGAACUCUACCGGGGGCGUGUUCGGGCCAGCUACGACACCGGCUCUUACCCAGCUUCUGCCAUUUACAGCGUGGAGACAAUCAAUGAUGGAAACUUCCACAUUGUGGAACUGCUUGCCCUGGAUCAGAGUCUCUCUUUGUCCGUGGAUGGAGGGAGUCCCAAAAUCAUCACCAACUUGUCAAAGCAGUCCACUCUGAAUUUUGACUCUCCACUUUAUGUAGGAGGCAUGCCUGGGAAGAACAACGUGGCAUCUCUGCGCCAGGCCUCCGGGCAGAAUGGCACCAGCUUCCAUGGCUGCAUCCGGAACCUUUACAUCAACAGUGAGCUGCAGGACUUCAGGAAGGUGCCCAUGCAAACAGGCAUUCUGCCCGGCUGUGAGCCGUGCCACAAGAAGGUGUGUGCCCACGGCACGUGCCAGCCCAGCAGCCAGGCAAGCUUCACCUGCGAGUGCCAGGAAGGAUGGAUGGGGCCCCUCUGUGACCAGCGCACCAAUGACCCCUGUCUCGGGAAUAAGUGCGUACAUGGUACCUGCCUGCCCAUCAACGCAUUCUCCUACAGCUGUAAGUGCCUGGAGGGCCACGGGGGCGUCCUCUGUGACGAAGAGGAGGAUCUGUUUAACCCCUGCCAGGCGAUCAGGUGUAAGCACGGGAAAUGCCGGCUCUCAGGACUUGGGCAGCCCUACUGUGAAUGCAUCAGCGGAUACACAGGGGACAGCUGUGAUCGAGAAAUCUCUUGUCGAGGGGAACGGAUCAGAGAUUACUACCAAAAGCAGCAGGGCUAUGCCGCUUGCCAGACAACCAAGAAGGUGUCGCGGCUGGAGUGCAGAGGCGGGUGUGCAGGAGGGCAGUGCUGCGGGCCUCUGCGGAGCAAGCGGCGGAAAUACGCUUUUGAGUGCACGGACGGGUCGUCUUUCGUGGACGAGGUCGAGAAGGUGGUCAAGUGCGGCUGCACGAGGUGCGCGUCCUAAACGCGCCCCUGGCAGCUCCGUCUUUGCAAAAUGUUCUAUGCUUCUUGACCGUGUUGGACUAAUUAAUAAUGCUUCAUAGUGGAAAUAUUUGAAAUAUAUUGUAAAAUACAGAACAGACUUAUUUUUAUUAUGAGAAUAAAGACUUUUUUUUUUCUGCAUUUGGGGAAAAAAAAAAUAAAUAAAUGCUUGAACUAAAGCUUCCCCCGCGCUGGAGAAGUAUGAAGAAAGACCUACCUGCAGGCAUUAGAACCACGGUGGGAACCGUUGCAACUCGGAUCCAGCUUUGGCACAUGCUGAAGACGAGCAGAAGCACAUACACACACACCAGGGACAGAGGAGCUACUGUGUCCUGGGGUGACAUUGCCCAGAGCGUAAAACCUGUGUGCCCUCCUGCACAUCAGCGACGUUCGCUAGGACGUACCAAGCACACGUGUGUGAAUGAGGAUGCAGGGAAAGGAGCUCCAGAAUUCACAGGUAGAACAAACAGAUGAGAAAUAUUUCGUCCAAGAUACAAAGUGUCCUAGAGAUCUGAGUUCCACUCAUGACAGGAAAUGAAAGUGCAAAAAUAAAUUUUAUCUUCUUUUAAAUGUCAGCAUGUCAGCAGAAGCAGCACACGGAAGUGUUUAUCUACCGUUUUCCAGUAUUAAUGUUUUUGUAAUGUAAAUGAUAAAGGAGAUGAUAAAGAACCAAUAGAUUAUUGAUAAAUAAAUUAGUAAUAAUAUGAAUUUUUUGUUUCUAUGAGUUCUAAACAGCCCUAUACAGUAUUCAGUUUCAGUGAGAAAUAUUUAUUGUAUCAAAAUACAUUGUACUUAACAUUUUAGGCCAUCCUUUUGCUGUUUCUCGAUGCUUUAAUAUAUAUUAAUUUAUAAUUAUCCUGAUAUUUUUGUACAUUUUUCAAACUUAAAAAUCAGGAUUUUUUUUUUUUUUUUUUUUUUUUUGGCAAUAGUACUAACAUAGGGUUUUAUCUUGGGAUAAAUGUGCUGGUCUGUUGGUGAACCUUGACAUCUGGCCGUGGGUGGCACCGACCUCCUGGCCCCACUCAGGACCCCUGCAUGAGUACGCAAAGUCCAAGAGAGGAAACAGAAAUCUGUGUCUGAGAUGGUCACUGUACAGGAAGACGUGACCCCUCUACAACACGCCCUCGCAGAAAAGAAACGGUGUAUAGCAAGCGACACUAGAAAGUAGACCCUUUACAAAUUAAUAUUUCCUUGACAUUUUUUGCCCAUUUAUUGGAGGGUGGGGAUAAAAAAGACUGUCAUGUCAAGAACUGUGAUUUUUUUUUUCCGAACAAUAAAACUCCUUUAUUACCUUAAUGUUCCCAUGUUAACAUGUUUGCUGCUAAAUUACAGUAUAGAAUUGAUGAUGAUUUAUAGUGGACUGUGCUCUUCCCUCAUUAAAAUCCCAGGGUGCCCUGUAAAGAUGCAGAUGUUUCUUCCCAAAAACUUUUUUUACAAAGAAAAUUAGAUGUACCUGUAUAAUUCAGUGUGCUUUGUCUUUCUCCAGACUAAUAUCAGUUACACUACUGAUGUUUGUAAAUUAAACAGAUAUUUACUUCAUUAACAGCUUGGUGGUUUUCUUAGAAAUUGCAUAAUAGGCCCCUCCUUAAUAAUUUGUUAAUCAAAAUGAUACAGAAAGAGCAGAGAAGAAAAUCGAUACCUUUUUGUUGCCAGAAAUUGGUUUCAUUCACAUAUUGUUAUAUCUGGGGACUUUGGAAUGGCCACGUGAAAGAGAUGGAUAUAAGAACACACACUCUGCUAGAAAAAAAAAGUACAUAUUUAAUUAAUUUCUUUAUUAAAAUUGUAAGGUGAAGUUUAAGGUGAAAUUUUUUUUGUUGUUGUUCUUCUCUGUUUCUUUUCCCCACAAAUAGAACCAGAUGGAAAACAACAAAAGCAGGAGUGCUUUUGCCACUCUCAGGCCAGGGCUGGUAGCAGCAGACACGCCAUCUGUAACAGGGACGCAGCACUGGCUGGGUGCAAUAUGAAUACCCACCACUAGAUUUCUUUAUUUCCUUGUAAGAGAAACAUGCACAGAGGGACACACUCACACACACUGUGUCGUACGGACGUGGACAUCCUAUCUUUUAUUCAUUCUUGUUUAAAAUGUCUUUGUUUUAAUUAUAUAAAUAUUAUAUCACCAUUGUAAAACAUUUGUCUAUUCCCAUUGAUUGCUUGUUUUUUCCAAGGGGUUUAAAUCAUUCAUUAAACAAAGAAACAUCUG